AUGACUGAGGAUCCACAGGGGACACUCUGGGACACUCGUUUCAUCCCAGUGUAUAUUGCAGCCAUUUCCCUAGUCGUCUUGCUUCUUGAGAACCUCUACCAGUUGCAAAUUGCCAAAAGGCUCUGUUCUAAUUUGAUCGCACUUGGUGCCCCCUCACUGUCUUCUGGUAGUGUAGUGUUCGACUCUGACUCUGCAUACUCCCGAGAAUUGAGGGCACCGCCCAGUCUCUCUCGCCGUUUCAUCUGUCUGAACGCAGAAUAUGAGGACCGAACAGAGUCGGUCCGCCAGCCGGCCUCGCUUGAGAUCGCUUUAUGUGGAACCUACGCCUACGUUUCGCUGUUAUCGCUAGCGACACUUGUGGCACGGCCCAAGACAAGCGGUAGAGUGACCAGAUACCUCGUUCUGAUACUGCUCUCCGCGUGGGCUGUCUAUGCGUACAGAGACAUAUGGCCAUACGCAACGUUCGACCUGACCCCCUUGGACGCCUCUGAGGGGAUAUACCUAUGGACGAAGAUUACCUUCUUGACGUUAGCUGCUGUGCUUGUUCCUCUGUUUAGCCCUAGACGUAUACCAUCCUCGUCGCUAUUGAUGCACACGGGAACACCGCUGACAAAACAGACCGCUUCUCUCGCAUCCUUGGUCUUCUUUACCUGGAUCGAUCCGAUUGUCUUCAAGGCGUACCGCGUUCCACACCUUUCCGUUGACGAGCUUCCUCCGCUUGCUGACUAUGAUGAUUCGGAAAGUCUGGUGAACUCAUACAUGAAGGAGCUUGACCCCUUGCUGGCCAGGAAGAAAGGGCAACACGUUGGAUGGGGCUUGGUGAAGGUCUUCCGCAAUGACUUCAUUGUCAUGGGUAUCAUGCUGACGCUCCACGUUAUUGCCCGCUUCGCCAACCCGAUGGGCGUAAGGAAUCUACUCGCGUACCUGGAAGGCAGUAGCGACACUACUGUUCGACCCUGGGUAUGGGUCGCUUGGCUUUUCGUCGGCCCAAUAUUCACCGUCAUGUCCAUUUCCAUGUACAUCUUCUACGGCACCAGAAUGCUCGUGCGUUUGGAAGCUCUCGUCACACAACUUGUUUUCAGCCAUGCACUUCGCAUGAGAGUGAAAUCAGAUGUCGCGGAGAUGCCCGCUCCGAAAGCGAGCGCAGCUUCCACCGUAGCCCCUGGCGGUGAAGGCACUAGUAGCACUCCUGGGGUACAAAACUCCUCGAUUGACAGCGCCAAAGGAAAGCAGAGGGCGAGCUCGGAUGCCCUAAAGCAAGCUCAGCUGGGCACUGGCUCACAGAAGAGCAAAAACCUUGUUGGUAAAAUCAACAAUCUGAUUACAACGGACCUACAAUCGCUCGCCACGGGACGGGACAUCUUGCGUCUGUUUGUCAUGGUGCCAGUCCAGACACUCCUAUGUAUUUGGUUUUUGUACUCCGUACUGGGAUGGAGUGCUUUUGUCGGGAUGGCUGUCAUAGUUCUGCUCCUGCCGGUUCCUGGUUCUGUCGCUAAAAUGAUCCGAGGAGUCCAAGUCGAAAAAAUGAAGAAGACCGAUACCCGCGUGCAGGGAGUUACUGAAGCCAUGAACGUAAUCCGAAUGAUCAAGCUAUUCGGCUGGGAGCGCAGAAUAACGGAUCAGCUAACGGAAAAGCGCGAGGUCGAACUGAAGUCUGUCAAGAGGGCUAGAUUUCUGCAAAUGAUCAGUUCCAGUCUGACCAUCGAAGGUGUUCUCAUCGAUGACCGCCCAGUGUUUGAAAUGUUCACUAUGCAGCUCAACGAGGUUUUCAGUAUGCUCCCGCUAUUCAUACGCGCUAAAGUCUCGUUAGACCGUCUGAAUGAGUUCCUUCAAACUACCGAGCUACUGGACGAGUUUGAAGAGCAGCAGGAGGCUCAUGCGUCGGCUUCUAUGCUGAAGAAUGAUGUCCCCAGUGACGUGAUUGGUUUCCGCGACGCGACAUUCACCUGGACCGCAGAGGACAGUCUGUCCUCAAGCACAGGGACGCAUAAACCUCAUCAUUGGACCUACUGGGUCGGGGAAGACUUCACUCCUAAUGGCACUGUUAGUCAUGACUUAUUUGACGGCGCUGGAAAGGAAAAUAUUCUCUUUGGUGCGGCGCUCGACGAAGAGAGAUACAACAAGGGUAUUAUCAAUAUCAUUAAGCAGUGCGGUCUCGAACGAGACUUGGAGUUGUUUGAUGCUGGCGACCUCACCGAGGUCGGAGAGAAGGGUAUUACACUAAGGUAUGUGGCCCGAGUGACUCUUGCGCGAGCCGUGUACUCGAAGGCAGAAAUCCUGUUACUUGAUGAUAUUCUGGCUGCUCUCGAUGUGCACACUGCUCAUCACAUUAUGGAGCAUUGUCUUAAAGGUGACCUGAUUCGAGGUCGCACAAUACUUCUGGUGACCCACAACGUCGCAUUGGCUACUCCUGUGGCGGGUUUUAUUGUUGCUAUGGGUACAGAUGGACGAGUUUCCAGUCAGGGUUCGCUCUCAGAUGCUCUGGAAGAUGUCACACAAUUGGCGAAGGAUAUCGUCGAGGAGCGCCAAGCCGCCGAAACAGCGGAGGACGUCACCGACAAGAUUGAAGUCUCUGCGAAGGCUUCAAAGAGCGGCAAGCUUGUUGUUGCAGAGGAGAUCGCUAUUGGUCAUGUCGGCCUCAAGAGCAUGAAGUUGUACUUCUCCAAUCUUGGGGGAAAGCAUUACGUCAUGUUCUGGCUGUUGGCGCCGUCCAUCCUAGUGUUUUCAGAAAUCAUACGCAACCUGCAGGUUUGGUGGCUUGGGUAUUGGGCACGGCAGUAUGAGGAACGUGCGGCCGAAGAAGUCAGCGCCCCUUUUUAUUUAUCAAUCUACGGCCUGCUUUUAUCCACUACGGUCCUCCUCAUCACCGCAUUCAAUAUUUUUUGGAUCUUUGCCACACUGCGGGCUUCGAGAGCGAUCCACAAGAGUCUCAUCGCCUCUGUGUUUACCGCGACAUUGAGGUUAGAUGGCUCGAUAAAACACCCACCUCACCUGGGCGCUGUUGUGAUCACUUCCCCAUUAUUCCUCACUCCUGGGAUCAUUAUCGCACUCGCAGGCGGAUACAUCGGCCACAUCUUCAUGAAGGCCCAACUGUCUGUAAAACGCGAAAUGAGCAAUGCUCGUGCGCCCGUGCUGGGUCAUAUCGGUUCUGCAUUCUCUGGGCUCGUGUCUAUCCGAGCAUUUGGAGCUCAGCAAGCAUACAAGAAAGCAUCAUGGGUGUGUAUUCGCCUGGAAGCACUUAGCGCCCUGUUUACUGCGAGUUUGGCUGCAUAUCUGGUUUACGCCUCCCACGAUAACGCAUCGAACAUCGGCUUUGCACUUAAUAUGGCAGUUGGUUUCAGCAGCCUGAUGCUGUCCUGGGUGCGCAUGUUGAACGAGACUGAGGUGAACGCGUGGAACGCAUUCACCAAUACCUGGAAAUUGAACACGAGCCAGCACCUACCCAAGACGGACAACCACCAGCUUACUGGCCAGCCAGUGGCGAUCUCAAGGUCGAGCAACUGUCUGCUCUACGACGAUGCAGUAAUGAACAACGCUCUACGCUCUGCGGGGUUGUUUUCUUUGCAGAACGACAUGACGGAAGGACAAAUCACUCUCGAUAGUCCAAUUGCGAGCGGAGGUGGCAACUUGUCCGUCGGACAAAAGCAAAUACUUGCGCUUGCGAGAGCGAUCCUGAGGCAGAGCAAGCUACUGAUCCUAGAUGAAGACUAUGAGACGGACGCUGUAAUUCAAGCUUCCUUGCGCACGGAGCUUGAUAAGAGUGUGACCAUCCUGACAGUCGCGCACCGUCUUCAGACCAUCAUGGAUUCUGACAGGAUAAUGGUGCUUGACGCCGGCAGGAUUGUCGAGUUCGGCAAGCCAAGUGACUUACUGUCGAUUGAGGGCGGACUGUUGCGUGCCCUUGUAGACGAGAGUGGUGACAAGGAUAAACUGUACGCAAUGGCCGUUGGGGACGGUCCUCAUUAG